AUGGCUUUGAAGCAGAAGGAGCCCCAUGGUGUUUGUGGUGGAGGUGAAGAUUUUGGUGGAUUAGAUGGUGGUGAUGGAGAUGAAUUUGAUGGUGGAGGAAUACUUGUUGGUGGAUUGGCCACUGGUGGUGGUGGAGGGGAAUUCGUUGGUGAAGUAAAUACUAGUGGUGGUGAUGGCGACGACGAACUCCUUAGUGGAUUAGAUACUAGCAGUGGUGGGGGCGAUGAACUCAUUGGUGGAUGGGAUGCUAUUGCUGGUGGUGGUGGUGGUCGAGAUGAAAUGGUUGGUGGAUUAGAUACAGUUGGAGAUGGUGGUGGUGAUGUAGGUGAAAUGGAUUGUUGA